UACAUUUCCAACACACAAUUUUUAGGGUUUAUUCCUCUCAUUCUCGCCGGCGCUAACAAUGGCAGACACUUCUUCUCCGCCGACGGACCAACUCGCCGCCGCCACCAUCACCGACGAGGUUCCCAAGGAGCAAUUCUCCGACCGCGUUCUGAUCCAGUCCAUAAUCCGCCGCAGCGACGGCGGCUCAGGUCUUGCCGGUCAGAAAGCCAGGGUCGGCGGUUGGGUGAAGACUGGAAGGAAGGCUGACAAGGACGCAUUCGCCUUCCUGGAACUCAACGACGGUUCCUGCGCCGGAAACCUGCAGGUGAUUGUGGAGGCUUCACUCGCUGAGUUAGGACAAAUCGUUCAAACCGGCACGUGCAUCGUCGUCGACGGCCACCUUAAGCUUCCUCCUGCCGGCACCAAGCAGAAGAUCGAGCUUCGCGCCGAUAAGGUUCUCCAUGUGGGUCCUGUUGAUCCCGCCAAGUACCCUUUGCCCAAAAGCAGACUCACUCUCGAGUUCUUGAGAGAUUACGUUCACCUUCGCUCUAGAACCAACACGAUCUCUGCUGUUGCUCGAAUUCGGAAUGCUCUUGCUUAUGCUACGCAUACAUUUUUCUACAAGCAUGGGUUUCUUUAUGUGCACACGCCAAUUGUCACGACGAGUGAUUGUGAGGGUGCGGGUGAAAUGUUUCAAGUGACAACCUUGCUCAAUGAAGCAGAGAAGCUGGAGAAGGAACUGAUACAGAAUCCUCCUCCCACAGAAGCUGACGUAGAAGCUGCUAGGCUUGUUGUUCAGGAGAAAGGGGCGAUUGUUGCCCAGUUGAAAUCUGCUAAAGCUAGUAAGCAGGAAAUCAGUGCUUCUGUGGAUGAGCUUAAAAAAGCAAAGGAGAAUUUCUCUAAGGUGGAGGAGAGAUCUAAGCUUAAGCCCGGUAUUCCUCAAAAGGAUGGAAAGGUUGACUAUACUAAAGAUUUCUUUGCCCGUCAAGCAUUUCUAACGGUUUCAGGCCAGCUUCAGGUUGAGUCUUAUGCAUGUGCUCUUAGUAGUGUGUAUACAUUCGGGCCAACAUUUCGUGCUGAGAAUUCUCACACUUCGAGGCAUUUGGCAGAGUUUUGGAUGGUAGAGCCUGAAAUUGCAUUUGCAGACUUAACGGAUGAUAUGAAGUGUGCCGAGGCAUAUGUGAAAUUCAUGUGUCAGUGGUUACUUGAUAACUGUCUUGAAGAUAUGGAAUUUAUGGCGGACAAGUUUGAUAAAGGUUGCAUCGAUCGUUUGAAAAUGGUGGCUUCCACCCCCUUUAUUCAACUUUCAUAUACAGAAGCAGUAGAAAUAUUGGAGGAAGCUGUCAAGAAUGGUAAGAAAUUUGAGAAUGAAGUAAAAUGGGGGAUUGACUUAGCAUCUGAGCAUGAAAGAUACCUAACUGAGGUAAAGUAUCAGAAACCUGUCAUUGUCUAUAACUAUCCAAAAGAUAUCAAAGCAUUCUACAUGCGCCUCAAUGAUGACUCAAAGACAGUUGCUGCUAUGGAUGUGCUUGUCCCAAAGGUUGGAGAGUUAAUUGGUGGAAGCCAAAGGGAAGAGCGGUAUGAUGUCAUUGUAGAAAGAAUAAAGGAGAUGGGGCUGCCUCUUGAGCCAUAUGAGUGGUACCUUGAUCUGAGGCGUUAUGGAACAGUGAAACAUGCUGGAUUUGGUCUUGGCUUUGAAAGGAUGAUUCUUUUCGCAACCGGUAUCGAAAAUAUUAGAGAUGUGAUUCCCUUCCCACGAUAUCCUGGCAGAGCUGAUCUAUGAUUUUUUUAUUACCGAUUACAAAUUGCUAUUACAAUUUUCUUGUUGGAGUAGUUUAGCUCGACAAAUGUACGUUUGGAUUUCCGUUGAACUAUUUUUGCGUACAUUUGCUGAUCUAUGAUAUUGUAUUUCCCGUUUUGUUAAGCUAAAUAUAGAAAGGUUAGUAACAA